AUGUGCGGGCGGAAGCGUGUGUAUGGACCGAGCAAUACCAAAAUUGGAGCUGAGUCUUGGUUGUGCUCCCUAUGUUUUACCGCAAACGAAGCAUUCUCUACGAAAUGUCAUGGCUGUAUGGAAUCGCUUCCGGAGGUCGACCGCUCGACAUUUUACACCACUUAG